AUGGAGCCCCCAAGAGAGGACGAAUCUAUUCCAUCUAGCAAUUCAGAGAGCGAAGAUCAGAGCACUACACACGCUCCCCUGGAGGAGAAGUCGAGGCGUCGGGUUCAGAAUGCUCAAUUCGAAACCUUACUAUCGGAAUACGCUGUUUCUAUGACCAAUGAACAGAUAAAGUCCGCCAUCAAGCAGGCUCCUAGUCCUGAAGGUUCUACCGUCCGUCUUAUCGCGGAGCAGGACUUUGCAUCUGUCAUCACCGAUCCAAGGGAAUAUCAAAUCGAGCUCUUUGAGAGAGCGAAGAAACAGAAUACGAUAGCGGUGCUAGAUACUGGAUCCGGUAAGACAUUGAUCGCUGUGCUUCUCUUGAAGCACAUCAUUCAGAAUGAGCUGGUCGAUCGUGGCUUGGGAAAACCUCCUCGUAUAUCGUUCUUUCUGGUAGACAGUGUGACUCUUGUUUACCAGCAAACGGCCGUUCUGAGAAAUAACAUCGAUCAGAAAGUUGCUCAAUUGUUCGGCGCCCUGGGUCUAGAUCUCUGGAGCAAGGAGAUUUGGAAUCAAUACUUCAAAGAAAACAUGGUGAUAGUGUGCACGGCGGAGAUCUUGCACCAGUGUCUUCUCAACUCUUACAUCGAGAUGAAGAAUAUUAAUUUGCUGAUCUUUGAUGAGGCCCACCACACGAAAAAGGAUCAUCCUUAUGCCAGGAUUAUCAAAGAUUCUUAUCUCAAAGAGGUUCCCGAAAAUAGACCGAGAAUUUUUGGGAUGACUGCAUCUCCUAUUGAUGCGAAAGGUGAUGUCGUGAAAGCAGCAAGAACGCUUGAAAAGCUUCUCGAUAGCCAAAUUGCAACAACGUCAAAUCUUACACUCCUGCGUCAGGUUGUGAGACGUCCAACAGAGCAGGUGUGGACCUACCCCAGACUUGACCCGCCUUUCAAGACGGCUCUGUAUAAAUGUCUCGAAACUCGAUUUGGCGAUAUGGAAUGCCUUGCAAAAAUCUUCAAAUUUUCACUGAAUGCUACCUCGGAGUUAGGUGAGUGGUGCUCAGACCAUGUAUGGGAUUAUAUUCUAGCAGAGGAGGUGGAUCCAAAACUCCAGGGAAGUGUUAGAAGAACUUUCAAUCGAAGCAUUCGGAACGGUUCGACGGAGAGGGUUGAAAGUGAAAUCAAUAGGUUGAAGGAAGCACGCGAAAUGGUGGCGACAUAUAGGCUUCGCAGCCACGACAUCUCGCAUCAACUGAGCCCAAAGGUACAACUGCUUCGCGAAAAAUUGUCGAAGUACUUUGAACGCGCAUCCGACACAAAAUGUAUUGUCUUCACGAAGCAGCGGCACACAGCACGGCUUCUUGGAGAUUUGUUUACGUCCUUGAACAUACCUAAUCUUCGCCCGGGGGUCCUGAUCGGGGUCAGGUCUAGUGACGAUGCGGGGAUGAACACCACCUAUCACCAACAAUUUAAGGCCAUGAUGAGGUUCAGGAAAGGAGAGUUAAAUUGCUUGUUUGCUACUUCCGUAGCUGAAGAAGGUCUCGACAUACCAGAUUGCAACCUCGUCGUCAGACAAAGAUUCGACCUGUACCAUACACUUAUUCAGUAUGUACAGAGUAGAGGUCGAGCAAGACAUGUUAACUCGACGUAUGCGCAUAUGGUAGAGCUCGAUAACCUUGAGCAUGAAACACGCCUGGAGGAAGUCCGUGAAGCUGAGGUAGGAAGAAAGAGAACCCAUUUUUUGUUCAGGCUAAUUAGGGAAUGUCAGGAUAUGAUGCGCCGAUUUUGUGAAAGUCUCCCUGAAGACAGAAUCCUCCGUGGAAAUGACUGCGAUGUGAACUAUCUAUUGGAAAAAGACUCCAGGAAGAGAACAUUCAAAGUCUCCAGCACCGGUGCCGUUCUAACAUAUCACUCAGCGUUAUCCGUUCUCGCCCGUUAUGCCAGCUCUUUGCAAUACGAGAAUGAAACAUCGCCUCAAGUGAACUACGUCGUUCUUCCGAUGAACAAUGCAUAUAUUUGCGAGGUAAUACUUCCAGAGAAGUCGCCGAUCAGGGGGCUUGUCGGAAAACCAGCCUCACAGAAGUCCCUCGCAAAACAGUCUGCAGCGUUCGACACGUGUCUUUUGCUCCGACGACACCAUCUGCUCGACGAUUAUUUCAUGUCUGCAUAUCAUAGACGAUUGCCUGUCAUGAGAAAUGCUAAGCUUGCGAUCGUUUCAAAGAAGACUAAUCGGUAUCAAAUGAUAACUAAACCAGCGUUCUGGGCUAAGGGCUGCGGAGUUACUCCAGAAUCCCUUUACGGGACGAUUAUAGUUCUGAACCCUGCUCAGAAGUUGACAAGGGAUCAUCGAUGUUUGGUCCUUCUGACCCGUGAAAGAUUGCCGGAAUUCCCUCGAUUCCCAAUAUAUUUGGAGGAGGAUAUCGAGACGGAAGUUCGUUCAAUACCGUUGAGGGCUGCCAUGGCGAUCAAAGCUAAAGAUCUCGACAUCCUAACAACCUUUACUCUUCGUGUUUUUCGCGAUCUGUUUCAUAAAACCUAUGAGCGAGACACAGAGGCGAUGCCGUAUUGGCUGGUACCAGCUGCAACACAUAUCGGGGAUUUUCACGACGACCUCAAACUCAACGAUAUAAUUGACUGGAACACGUUGGAAACUGUUCAAGAGAAUGACGAAAUAUCAUGGACUAAUGCCAAGGUCGCUGGAACUAUGCUUGACCGCUUUGUCUUCGAUAAGUGGGAUGGAAGGUAUCGCUAUUUCACGAUUGCGGUAGACAGAAAGCUUCGUCCAUCUGAUCCGCCACCGUCCUUUGUCCCUCGUCGUAGGCACAUGGACAACAUCAUGAAUUACUGCCUGAGCUUGUUCAAAAAUUCUCGAACUAAGUUCCUCGCUCAGUGUGACUGGGAUCAGCCGGUACUCAAGGCAGAAUUGGUUUCUCUCCGAAGAAACCUGCUGGACAAGAUGACGGACCAAGAAAAGGCUGUGGAGAGAAGAUGCGUAAUAUGUCUAGAGGCUCUCACAAUUUCGGCUAUUCCUUCUUCCGUUGCUGCGUCAUGCUUCGCCUUUCCGGCAAUUAUGAGUAGAUUUGAAUCGUAUCUCAUUGCUCGAGAAGCCUGUGAAAGUCUUGAUUUGGAUGUCAAGUUAUCAUAUGCUUUGGAAGCCCUGACUAAAGAUUCCGACAACACUGAGGAACAUCGAAGCAAGCAAAUCCACUUUCAGCGCGGAAUGGGAAAGAAUUACGAGCGUCUCGAAUUUUUGGGGGAUUGUUUCCUCAAGAUGGGAACGUCAAUUUCCCUAUUCGCGCAGAAUCCUCAUGACCAAGAAUUCGACUACCACGUGAAUAGAAUGUGCCUUAUCUGCAACAAAAACCUCUUCAAGACCGCCAAGGAACGGAAAAUUUAUGAGUUCAUUCGCAGCCAAGGUUUCUCUAGGCGGGGCUGGUAUCCCCAAGGCCUCAAGCUACUUCACGGCAAAAGCAGUGAUAGCAAGUCCGAUUCUAGCUGCACACAUGCUCUCGGUGAAAAGACAAUUGCCGACGUUUGUGAGGCAAUAAUAGGGGCAUCACUGCUGUCUGGCGGCCCUGAACAUCGAUUUGACAUGGCCGUAAAAGCAGUUACUGCGUUGGUCAACAGCAGCAAUCAUAAUGUGCAGAGCUGGCGGGAAUACUAUACACUCUACUCUCUACCCCGUUACCAGAUCCAAGCUCCCGACGGUUUCGAAAGGGACCUUGCCCAACGGGUUGAGGAAAAGCUUGGUUAUCAUUUCAGAUAUCCUAGACUGCUCCGGUCAGCUUUCACACAUCCAUCCUAUCCCUCGGCUUGGGCCAAGGUACCUUGUUAUCAGCGGCUCGAGUUCUUAGGGGAUUCACUGUUAGACAUGGUUUGUGUCGAGGAUCUUUUUCAGCGUUAUCCUGACCGUGAUCCACAGUGGCUCACGGAGCAUAAGAUGGCCAUGGUGUCCAACAAAUUCCUAGGAACCCUCGCCGUGCGACUGGAACUACAUACCCAUUUGCAACAUUUUAGCAAUCCACUCCAGAGCCAGAUCACCAACUAUGCUGAAGAGAUCCAGACAGCCCACCGAGAAAGCCAGGGCGCCAAGGAAUUCUGGGUGGCGACUGAAGACCCUCCAAAGUCUGCUGAUUAUGUGUACCAGUGUCUACCAGACAUGAUUGAAGCCUAUCUUGGCGCAAUCUUCGUCGAUUCAUGCUUCUGCUUCGAAGUCAUAGAGGACUUCUAUAGAAGACACAUCAGACAGUAUUUCGAAGAUAUGUCCUUGUACGACACCUUCGCAAACAAGCACCCGACGACGUUCCUCCACAAUCGGCUAUCAAAGGACUUUGGUUGCACGAAUUACUGUUUGAAGGCUGGGGAAAUCCCGACUGCUGACGGCGCACCUACGGUAGUAUUGGCGGCAGUGUUGGUGCAUAACACAGCCCUGGCCAAGGAGACCGCUUCUUCGGGUCGCUAUGCCAAAAUCAAAGCAAGCGAGGCUGCACUCAGGCUGCUCGAGGGACUCCACGCAUCCGACUUCCGCGAGCGGUACCAGUGUGACUGUUCGAAAGUCGAACAAGACGACACGCAUGCCAAUGGAGCAAUAGGCUCUGCCGUGUAG